AAAUCGAACAAUAAUCGCAUUGAAUUACAAUCGAUGUUGUAGUCGUUUGGAUUUGUAACGUAAACAGUGGGUGUGGUGAAGCGCCAGAAUAACUUGUGAAUAACAAGUAGAUCCAAAAGCUUUCAAAAAUGAAUUCAUUUUAUAUGUAUGUUUUAACUACCUUAUUGGUACUGAAUUUGAUUAAUUUUGGUAAUGGGCUGGAGUGUUACGUAUGUGACAGACAAGAAGACAACAAAGGAAAGUGUUUGCAAACAAUUAAAACUUGUGAGCAAGAAGAGGAUGUUUGCCUUUCAGAAAUAGCAUGGGGGAGCACACCAUAUUGGUCACAUCAUGCUGAGAAACAGUACUAUAUUUCCAAACGAUGUGCUAAAAAGGAAGUAUGUGAAAGAACACGUAGUAAAUUGAUGCCCUAUUGCACUCAUAUUUGGUAUGAAGAUUGGAAAUGUUCUGAAUGCUGUCAAGGAGAUAGAAUAAAAUUAGAAU